AUGAAACUUGCAGCGGGUGUGCGUGCAUUUGAUGCACUCGAAGUUGUCCUGUUUGCACUGCAUGCCUACCUCAUCAUCAUCAGUGGAGACAUGCCUGCAAUAUCUAUGGUCAUGCAGAUCAAGGGCCACAAUGGGUAUUCCCCUUGUCGCAUGUGCAAAAUCACAGGCAUACGAGUCCCAAAUUCAUGCAGCUCUGUCCACUAUGUCCCCCUUGAUCGCAGCACUCAUCCUGAUGUAUGUUGUUCAGUGACUGCCAUCAAAAAAUACGACCCACGAAACCUACCAAUGCGUACACACAAGGAAAUGGUAGCACAGGGAUGUGAGGUUCAAUUGGCACUGACAGCUGCCGAAGCCGAACGUCUUGCCAAGUCAUAUGGUGUCAAGGGUGUUUCAAUUCUCACUUACCUCUCCUCAAUUUCAUUUCCGAAAUCUUUUCCUCAUGAUUUUAUGCAUCUGAUCUGGGAAAACACUGUUAAAAACCUUAUUCUGCUCUGGAUGGGGGAGUUCAAAGGCAUCAACACUGGUUGCGAGUCAUACGAGCUUGGUUUGGAAGUCUGGAAAGCAAUUGGGAAGGCAACAGCUGCUUCAGGAGGGACUCUUCCUUCUGCGUACUGUGCUCGCCCACCAAAUCCAGUAACAGAACGGUCAGCAUGCACAGCUGACUCCUGGUCCUUUUGGACCCAAUAUUUAGGUCCUGUCCUCCUCCGUCAAAAGUUCUCAAAAGCAAAGUACUACAAACACUUUGUGAAGCUUGUAAAGAUACUUCGUGUCUGUCUCCAAUUCGAGCAUUCGGCACAAGACAUUGAAGAUUUGCGAGUUGGAUUUGAAUCUUGGGUCAAAGAGUUCAAAGAGUAA